AAGGUAGAGCAGAGAGGAGUGCAGGAGCUUCGGUCAGUGUGCAAGUGUCAGUGUAUCUUCAAGAUGCAGCGUAUCUACAUGCACAGCAAUGAGCACUUUGAAGUCUUCACCACUGUCCUUGCUCCUCAAGGGAGGUAUCGAUACAGAGCAGAAGCUGAAAAGAUGGUAGUGGUGCACAGCUACAGGCCCCACUGGCCAGAUGAGCUGGAACUGUCCCCUGGUGACGUCAUCCUGGUGCUGUCCAAACAUGAGGAGGAGAGGUGGUUUGGGCGGCUGCAGGACGGCCAGCAGGGCUACUUCCCCGCCUCCUGUGUGAUGGAGCUGAGCCAGGUGAAUCUUCCUCCAAAAGCCCUGCGAAGGAGUAUAUCUCUGAGGAGCUCGGCCUGGGACAACGACUCAGGUGUACGCAGCAGACAUGGAAAUGGACACAUUCGGCAGGCACUCAGGAGGGGGAGCAGAGGAGUUGGAGGAGGAGGAGCGGGGCUGGAUGGGGGCCAAGGCGAGAGCGAGGGCCCCUUCCUGGUGCGGAGGCCCCAGAACCCUGUGCCUCAGCCCGUGGCCUCCCAACCUCAGACACACCGAUCCCCGAGCCUGCUCCACAGGAUCUUGUCCAAGUGCCGGAAAAAGAGUGAAUGCCAGGGAGCUACAAACGGGGCCUUCGAGGGCGACUAAGAGGCCCUCCUCUUUGUCCUGGGUGGCUGAGCCGAGUUCACUUUGGUGGGGGUAGUACGUGUGUGAAUGGAGGAACCUCUGAAAUGUAAAAAGACAGGUCUUGAAUAUGCUGAUAUGGGCUGGUGCUCAUUUCCAUACCAGGUAUUCUUGACUUGGCUGCAUUUCUAGAAUCGGGGGGUCGAAUUGGGAGUGUGCAAACUUAAUCAGCGAUGUCACAGCAGGAUGUUUUUCCCAUUACAUUCAAUGGACUAUGCCUGGUGUGACAUCACUGAUGGGGGUGUUGCCACAAGUGCAACAUGUUUGAAUGUAGGGAGCUGAGCAGCUGCUAUUUCUGCCCUGUUUUUCCAGCAUGGCAACAUGACAUGCCAGGCUUAGCUUUGAAUGUAUAAUAACUAUAUAAUCUUUGCAAUCAUAUGUGUAAAGAAACAGGAGUUCAGUGAAGCAAUAAGAUGCUCAACAGAUGUAGCCUUUUUCUAUGAUAAUUAAGAUGAAUGUUUUCAUUGUCUGUGCACAUUUUGUUCCACCAUUCAUGUUUCUUAACCUCAUCUGCUCAUGUAAAGCUGUUAAUAUAUAUGUACUUUGCUGCUUAAUAUGUAAUUAUUAUGAUGAUU